AUGUCACUGAAGCCGGAGUCUCAGAGCAUAUCUGCUCCUUCGGGCGCCCCUGCACCGCCCGUUGCUCCCGCGAUGGCCAAUGCGCCGACGAAUUCCGGUGCGCCAGGCCCUGCUACCUCUGUCCAACAACAACAACAGCAGCAGCAACAACGUACUUCACGACGUCCUCCGCGAAAAAGCACGCUCACUCAGCAGCAAAAGAACCAUAAGCGUCAACGUGCCACUCAAGACCAGCUUGUGACUUUGGAGAUGGAAUUCAACAAGAACCCCACGCCAACUGCCGCAGUGCGCGAGAGAAUCGCGGAGGAGAUCAACAUGACUGAACGCUCGGUUCAGAUCUGGUUCCAGAAUCGACGAGCCAAGAUCAAGAUGAUUGCGAAAAGAGGAAUUGAGACGGGCGAAGAUUGUGAUUCCGUGCCCGAAUCGAUGCGCCAGUACUUGGCCUUGCACUGGGACCCUUCCAAAUCCCGUAAUUUGUUCAAUCGGGGCUAUGGUUCUGGUGACCCGAUGCUCAAUGCACCGACCUCGUCCAGCAAAAUCGUGAUAUCCCACUUCUCCUGUCGCUCCCUGAGAGUUGGAACGUGGAGACGUGUUGGCCAAAACACGAUGGACUUGGUCAUCUUUUAUUCACCGGACAAGUCUUGUAUGACAUACUAUAUCAACAAUGACUCUGCAGGAUACAAGAUCGAGUAUCCGUUUUCAUAUAUCAAGAAUAUCGCCUUGGAACCUGCGGAACCCGGUCCAACCGGUGAUGCUACCCCUCCAAAGUUUGGUGGAAUUGUCAUCGAACUAAAUCGUCCUCCAAAUUUCUACAUGGAUUCGUCCAACUCCGGUGGCUUCUAUCAGUGUGGUGACUUCACAGAAGAUCAGCAGGCCACCAAAUCUCUUGUUCACCAUCUUGGAGGCGGUCACCCAAAGGUCCUCAGCGUUCAAUUGGCGAAGCUAGUAUCCUUGGAAUCCUUUCAGAAUCGUCAUAUCCACUAUGGCUUUACCGGUUUCGCGUCGGCUCCGGUGUCUCCGCACAUCAUCCAUCGCCCAGCUUCACAGCCAAACCAAAUGGCCCGUCGCCAGUCCGCGAUCUACCAGGAAAAUCAUUUUGGUAUGGGGCUACAUCCACCGCGUGGCCAUAAACGCCAGCGCAGUCGUUCCGUGCCCGUUCCAGUUGAUUUCUCCGCGAUGCAAACGCCCAUGCCAUCCUUCCACGUUCAGAACCCGUCGACGCAAUUCCAACCCAAUCCGAAUAUCUUUGCUCCUGUACCCCAGACGCAUAUCCCGGUGAAUGGGGUUGCAGGUGCGUUACAGGUUGACACUUCUGCUGGCUACAAUCUCGAUUUCCACAAUUACCCCAUGUCUGCAGCGACGGCUUCUCCUCCAGAAUUCGCAAGCCCAUCUCUUUUUGCGACCACGGCUCCCCCCGACCAGCCACAGACGACUCACUUGGGCGCGCCAUACAAUGUCCCGUUCUUGUCACCUUCGUCGAUGGUCGACCAUGGCAAUGUCAUUGCACACUCAGCAUCUCCACUGUCUCACGUUAGUCAGGCCGAACCUAGCAUAGCAGACCAGUCACCACCACUUACCACUACGCAACGUAGUUCUCCCGCUGAAAUGUUUCCCGUUUCAAAUGACCCAGCAUCUUCGCUGCCUGACGACGGUCUCCUCCUGAGCGAGAUGUAUUCCAAGCAGAACCUAAAUGUCUCGAUGCCCUCACCCCCAAUGGAUGAUACCACUUUCGCCUUAACAUUGCAAGGCCUCCAUGAUCAAGGAGCUUCAGAUAAUGGCGUUGAUUUCCAUGGCAUGCUUUCCUUCGACACAGUGGAUCCAAUGUCGCUGGGUGCCGAUUCUUAA